CUUGUGACAACAACAACUCAUCCAUAGAGCUUAGCGGUCUAGUGGAGCCGCACUUUUCAGCUCAUUCUCCUCCGGUCAUUUCUCCUCCUAUCUGUGAUCAUUGUCUCUCCGUGCUCAGCCCAAACCCUCACUCACCGCGUCUUUUCAGCAUAUCAUUCUACUCCCCAACUCAUCAGAGGAGCUAAACUCCCGUGGAUUAUUUCAUUUGGAAAUUCUCGACAGCUGCACUUUUUUUUCUGCAGGACUGGGUUUUCUACUUUGAACUUACUCUUCUUCCCCUAGGUGACCAUGGCCGUACCGGCUGCUCUGAUCCCGCCAACCCCUCUGGUCCAGCCGCAUUCGAUCUCUACUCCUUCUGCGACCACCUCCCCGCCGUCGACAACUUCUCCCCGGUCUCCUUCAAUGGCCCCCUCCGGACAGAACCUGUUCCGCUCGGAGCUCCUCGGCACCAGUAGCCCCAGCAUCCUGACCCCGACUGGGGCUCUGCCCAGCAAGCCAGUAUACUUGACUCCGUCGCCUGUUGAGAACACCCCGCAGAACAACGAGUGUAAAAUGGUGGAGUUGCGGGGGGCGAAGGUGGCGUCUUUCACCGUGGACGGGUGCGAACUCAUCUGCCUGCCCCAGGCUUUCGAUCUGUUUCUGAAGCACCUGGUCGGAGGACUGCACACCGUGUACACCAAGCUGAAGAGACUGGAGAUCACGCCGGUGGUCUGCAAUGUGGAGCAGGUCCGCAUCCUGCGAGGUCUCGGGGCCAUCCAGCCAGGAGUCAACCGCUGCAAACUCAUCUCCAGGAAAGACUUCGAGACUCUGUACAACGACUGCACCAAUGCCAGCUCCAGACCGGGCAGACCUCCUAAGAGGAGCCAGAGUGUGACAUCACCAGAGAACCCACACAUCAUGCCACACUCUGUCCCCGGCCUCAUGUCCCCUGGAACAUUCCCAUCCUCAGGGCUGACAGCAGCGGCGGCGGCAGCUGCCAACGCAGCCAUCGCCGAGGCCAUGAAGGUGAAGAAGAUCAAGCUGGAGGUGAUGAGCAGCUACCACAGCAACACCAACCAGCAUGGGGCCGAUGGCGAGAACGGAGAUCUCAGCUCCAGCGUGGGUUUGGAACUCCCCUUCAUGAUGAUGCCCCACCCCCUGAUCCCUGUUAGCUUGCCCCCUGCUUCUGUUUCCAUGGCAAUGAGCCAGAUGAACCACCUCAGCACCAUCGCCAACAUGGCCGCCGCCGCACAGCAGCAGAGCCUGCCCUGCAGAAUGGUCACCUCAGUCAUCAAAGAGCGUGUCCCAGACAGUCCCUCUCCCGCCCCUUCCUUAGAGGAUGGCAGGAGGCCCGGCAGCCACCCAUCGUCCCACCGCAGCAGCAGUGUCUCCAGCUCACCGGCCCGCACAGAGAGCUCCUCAGACAGGAUACGUACGUCCCCCUAUUCCCUCCCCAUGCAACGAGUCAGACUGGCUAACUGCGUGUUCAGUUCCGCAACCAUACAUCAGAAUGGUCUUUCUAUGAACCAAAUGAACCAAGCUCUGCUGGGCCUCUCCCCCAGCAUUUUGCCUGGGCCUAAAGAAGGAGACCUGGCCCACGACAUGAGCCACGAAGCAAAGAGGAUGCACAUUCACAAAGAUGACAAUCCAAUGUGCACCCCGACGGCGAGAGACAGCUACGAGAGGCUGUCACUGGCUGGACAAGGUCUACCACCUGGCUUCCCUUCGCCAUUCCUGUUCCCAGACGGCCUGUCAUCUAUUGAGAAUCUCCUCACUAACAUACAGGGCCUGCUGAAGGUGGCAAUUGACAACGCGCGGACCCAGGAGAAGCAGGUGCAGCUGGAGAAGACGGAGCUGAAGAUGGAGCUGUUCAGGGAAAGAGAGCUCAGGGAGACCCUGGAGAAACAGCUCGCCAUCGAACAGAAGAACAGAGCAAUAAUCCAGAAGCGUUUGAAGAAGGAGAAGAAGGCUAAGAGGAAACUGCAGGAGGCUCUGGAGUAUGAGUCCAAGAGGAGGGAGCAGGCCGAACACUGCAUCAAACAGCCGUCACCCUCAGAGAGCCUGCGCUCAGUCAAUGACUCACUGACCCCAGAGAUGGAGAGUGACCGCAGCACUGGAAGAACAGAUGCUGAGAGGGCAAUACAAGAUGGAAGACUGUUCUUGAAAACCACAGUGAUGUACUGAUAAGAAGAUGAUGAGCUAAAGAAAAUAAACAAUCUGACGGAGAUUGUCAAGAGCCCAGGUGGAUUUCGUAGCAGAAACAGGUCACACUGCGUGUACUGUAGCAGUUCAAUGGAAGUGUGUUUGGCCAAACACCGGAAAAGGGUUGUGUCUGAAUGUAGAAACUAUUUUUCUCACAGAUAUCAACAUUACAUAGUCGCUAAAGCAGGUUUUGAUUAAUUGAGGUUGGUUGUUUAAAAAAAAUCAAUAAUUGCACAGUAAAAAUGUACCAAGGGGUACACUGUUGGUAAUAUCGCAAAGAAAUUCACAGCACUGAAGAUUUUUUAUACUGUAUUUCAACCAGCGACAAAGCUUUGAACAUGAUCAGACUCAGAGGUUGUGUUUUGUAUUUCAAGUUUAAUUCCGAGAUGUAAACAAAAUAUAUAUAACGCUUGGAAAGAACCUCUGUGAUUUUUUUUAUUUAUCCGUAUGUUGAUCAAAAGAGACGACUGAGAUUUGAUUUGAAUGUUUUCUAAAUUAGAAGAAAAUACAAUAAAGUUUCCUUUUUACCA